UCCACCGAGGCCGCGUCGCGCCGCGCCGCAGUCUCCGCUCCUUCCUAGGAAGCCCCGGGCGGGCGGGCGGUGGAACCCCGGGGCUGGGGGCGGGAAUCCAGGGACUACGCGCACCCCUACCUCUUGAUUCCUUAUGGGUGUCUAGAAAUUUCCCCUGACAGUCCUGAUAUCUAAAUCUGCCUCUAACUCCCCAAACCCCACCCUCUCCCACCUCCAUCCUGGGCAUACCUUCGCAUCUUUUGCAGCCCUCAGAGCGAGCCCCUCACUCACUCUACAAAUCACCUAAUUCGUCCACAGACCCAUCAUUCUCUACUGGAUGCCCACAAAUGCUUCCACUGCCUUGAAAUUUCUCAGAUCGUUUCCCUGUUCUCUCGUUGCACUGUUCAAAAUGCCCAAAUCCAAAAUUCUAGCCCGUGUUGCCCUAAGCCUUCUCAUACAUUUUCAGUUCCCAUAACCCCCUCUAACUUCUGUCUCAAUCCACACUUACCCUAAAGCAGAGCCUCCUCCCUAACCCGCCCAAUGUAAUGCCCCCUCAACAAGCUAUCUGAUAUGUCCUGGUAUCUUGAAGAGAUGGUGAUAGGAAAAGUGCAACACCUCCCCCAUCUUGCACCCUGUAGUUCUUGGUUCUACAUCCAUUCCACCACACCAUCCCCCAACCACCCAUUGCUGGCUCAAGCCCCAGUAUUUUCUUUGCAGUGACCUGCCUUUAGUCUGUGCACACCUCCUUCAGCCUGCUUCUUCCUGCCAGAGAAUAAACCAGAGGAAGGGCUUGAGGUCCUUUUACCUGGAAGUUGUCCAAGGAAGCAGGGUACAAAGGGCCCUGGGAAAGACUGGUUUUCCAGCACAGGAGAGUGGGAUUUCAAGAAUCUCCAGAAUCCUGGCUUAUUGACUUGUCUACCUUGGGCUAGGAUGCCCAGAAAUUUUGGCUUAUUGUUAACAUUUAUGUUUAAAAUUAGGCCUCUGAGAACUUGGGGAACAGAAAGCCUAUCAAGCUUCCAAAUGUGAAAUUGAAUGUCCUGGAAGAGGAAUAUGUCCAUUUUAGUGAUGUUUGUUUUGCAUACCUACCUCUAGAAGUUACUUAAUCUGGAAGCUCCAUAGAUUACAUAUGGUUCCAAUAAAAACUAAGACCUUUGGGUGAGAGUUGGAAGGGGUGGUAGGGGAUUGACUUGACAUUCUCCCUGAUACAUAAGCAGAAAUAAAACUGACUAGAAUAUUGUUUUCCUAAAUCCUCAACCAGUGUUCUUUCCGCUAUAUCAUAGUAUCCUUUUGAGAGAGGGCUGUUCAGUUAAAGUUCUUUGCAAAGGUAAGGUGGUGUUUUUGGUAUUUAUUGUAACAGGACUUAGGACUCAUUACUAAAGGUAAUAGACAGGGUCUUGGGCUAUCUCAGACUUCAAACUUAGUGACACUAAUCUGUCCCCCUCAGGGCUUAUGGGGCUUGGGAUUUGUGGUCCCUUUGUUCUUGAUGUCUCUUUCUUCAUUGGUGUUUUUGUCUCUUUAGGGCCUGAAACAGAUAACCAGGUAGGAUGGACUGACAGCAGGUCAAUUUCAUUAACAGUUGGGGGUGAGAAUAGAUUUCCAUUAAUCAGUGAUCUCUGUCUCCUAUGCUAGGUGAGCCCCAGGUGUAUCCCAGUGGGAUCCAGGAGACUUCUCUGCAGACUGUUUGCCAUGACACUCCAUCAAGGAUAGGGAGAAUAAAGUGGGAAUCCUUCCUCAUGCCCCUCCCAUGGUCAGCUCCCCAAUGGCCUGGGUGAGGGUGAGCUGGCUGCUCUGACACCAUGGGGAGCUGCUGCAGCUGCCUGAACAAAGACAGUAUCCCAGACAACCACCCCACCAAGUUCAAGGUUACAAAUGUGGAUGAUGAGGGGGUGGAGCUGGGCUCUGGGGUGAUGGAGCUGACCCAAAAUGAGCUGGUGCUGCAUCUACAUGGACGGGAGGCUGUCCGCUGGCCCUACCUCUGCCUGCGGCGCUAUGGCUACGACUCCAACCUCUUCUCCUUUGAGAGUGGCCGCCGGUGUCAGACAGGCCAGGGAAUAUUUGCAUUCAAGUGCUCCCGAGCUGAGGAAAUCUUCAACCUCCUUCAGGAUCUGAUGCAGUGCAACAGCAUCAAUGUGAUGGAAGAGCCAGUCAUCAUCACCCGCAAUAGCCACCCUGCUGAGCUUGACUUCCCUCGGGCCUCCCAGCCACCCAACGCUCUAGGCUACACUGUCUCCAGCUUCUCCAAUGGCUGCCCUGGAGAGGGCCCACAAUUCUCAGCCUCCCGGCGGCUCUCCACAAGCAGCCUACGACACCCCUCGCUUGGGGAAGAGUCCACCCACGCCCUUAUUGCCCCUGAUGAGCAGUCCCACACCUAUGUCAACACACCGGCCAGUGAGGAUGACCACCGCAGGAGCCGGCACUGCCUGCAGCCACUGCCUGAGGGGCAGGCACCCUUUCCCCCUCAGGCCCAGGUCCCCGACCAACGGGACCCACAGGUGUUCUUGCAACCAGGCCAGGUGAAGUUCGUGUUGGGCCCAACCCCUGCUCGGCGGCACAUGAUGAAGUGCCAGGGCUUCUGUCCCAGCCUGCAUGACCCUGCCCACCACAACAAUAACAAUGAGAGCCCUUCCGAGUGCCCAGCCCAGCCCAAGUGCACAUAUGAGAACGUCAGCGGGGGGUUGCGGCGAGGGGCCAGCUGGAGACUGAGCCCAGAGGAGCCAGGCUGGAAUGGCCUUGCUCAGCGCCGGGCUGCCCUGCUGCACUAUGAGAACCUUCCCCCUCUGCCCCCUGUGUGGGAAAGUCAUGCCCAGCAGCUGGGAGGGGAGGCCGGGGAUGAUGGGGACUCAAGGGAUGGGCUCACACCCUCCUCCAAUGGCUUCCCUGAUGGUGAGGAAGACGAGACCCCACUGCAGAAGCCUACCAGCACCCGGGCCUCUGUCCGCAGCCAUGGCAGCUUCCCUGUGCCACUGACCCGCCGCCGGGGCUCCCCUAGGGUCUUCAACUUUGAUUUCCGCCGGCCGGGCCCCGAGCCCCCAAGGCAGCUCAACUACAUCCAGGUGGAGCUAAAGGGCUGGGGUGGAGACCGACCCAAGGGGCCCCAGAACCCCUCGGGCCCCCAAGCGCCCACCACCCACCCUGCCCGCAGCUCAGACUCCUACGCCGUGAUUGACCUCAAAAAGACCGUGGCCAUGUCUAACCUGCAGAGGGCUCUGCCCCGAGAUGAUGGCACUGCCAGGAAAACCCGGCACAACAGCACUGACCUGCCUCUGUAGGGAUAUCCUGGUCCUCACCACCCUCUACCCCACCGUGUCUAGCCUCUGCCUCACACUCCUGUCCUCUGAACCCACCCUCCCCAGGGUUCAGGGUUGCUUUGCAGAAGGCAUUGAGGUGGGACCAGAUGCUUCCUUACCCUGGUUGGCAUCCCCAAAGAUAUCAGUCACUGAGUCUCCUGGUCUCUGAGCUGAGGAGAGAAGAGGGUGACCAGGCGAAGAGGGAGCCAUGACGUAAACUGUGAAGGGUUCCCAGGAUUGCAUUUAGCAUCCUCUGUCCUGUCCAUUUGUCUCGUCUAUUGGAUGUCUGUGUUUUUUUUUGUUUGGAAUUUUGAAACAUUUUGUACCUGUUGAUUUUAUUUAUCAGUUUAUUUUUCUAUUUAUUGUUUUAAAUGUAAUUUAACAUAUUUAUUAUUAAUAUAAUUAUUUUUAAAUUCUG